UAGAUCUGUGUCUUAUCUACCUGUUUGUGCGUACCCAGUUGAUUUGUGUUUUGUGUAGUGCUCGAAUCAAACCCAAUUAUUCAAAGUCAAUGUCAUCACUUCAAGAUCAACGUGCACCCCAAUUCAAGUCUUGAAGUUUGAAUUCUCUUUUAGAUUUUUCAUUCAUAGAUCAUGCACUAGUCUGACCAUUUUGCUGUUUGCACUUCUAGUUCUUCUUCCACGGUUCCACCUCAUUGAUCCACCUAGAUUGGAGACACACUAUCACAAAAAACACCCUUUCUGUUAAUUUUUUCUUUGAACUUGGAGAAUGGGAAAAAGGUGACCGACCCAUUUAUUUAUAACGGUGACCCAUUUAUUUAUAACGGUGACUUGGAAAUAAUUGGUAGUUUAAAGGCUUGGCUAGAGGACCAGGGAAGACUAACCAGGACAAUUUCCAAGUGGGGUUUCUGAUAUGUCAAGUUUUUCAAGAUCAUUUUCCUGCUGAGGAAAGAAGACCCAGAAGCGUUUUGCAAAAGAGGCCCUAGAGAUACAGACUAGCAAUGGAUGAAUUUGCUAACAAAGUUCAAGGCGGCUUUAAUGCUGGAGAUACAGCUUUUGGGAAACUUCACUCACUCAAAGGGUUCUCAACUAAAGAAAAUGAUAUGCAAGAAAUGGAGAUGUCCCUGCAAGCUUUAACAGAAAUAGACCACCGCUUAGCCUAUUCUUCUGAGAAGCUGGUGAACUUGCAUGCACUUUAUAUUUAUCUGUUGGCCCGUGAAAAUGAUCUUGAACCAAUGGAUUCAAAGAAUGACCUCAUCUUGGCAAAUAUGUUUGAGAAGGCAAUGACAUCAGAUCUAUUGUCUGGCAUUUUAGAUUCUGAGGUAAGAGAGCUGGACAAUUUCAUCGACACUCUACAGGAAGAAAUUGUUGAUGCUCGUCAUAAAAUAUUUUCAUGCAGACAUCUGACUGAGGUUUACUUUAUAAUGGAUGAAAAAUUGCACGACUCGGAAGAGUCCGUGAAGCAGUUUCAACAGCAGUUAUUGGAGUUGAAGAUGCAAUCAUCCCAGUUGCAGAAAACCCUUGUGGCUUUCCAACAUGAGAGUUGGGAAACGGGGAAGACCUUGAGUUUAUCAGAAAAUGGUCAGCUGAUAGAUGCUAAAGCAAAAUCCAAGGAUCAGAUGGUUGAACAACGAAGAUAUAUUCUGCGAAUGCUUGAGAAGUCCUUAGCACGGGAGCUAGAUCUUGAAAAGAAGCUAGCAGAGUCAAGAAAAAAUGAAGAGCUAAAGUUGAAACUCCGCUACACGGAACAAGUAGCAUUUUAUAUGGAAGAAGCAGCGGAAGUAGUUUGGGGGAGAUUUCUAGAGGCAGACAAUGCUUCGGAGGUGUUGAUGGGAAUUUCUAAAGGUAUAAUGGGACGCCUCCAAGUUGCUGAAUUCAACCUCAAUGGCUCUAUGCAACGCGAAAAUGAGCUGAAAUCAAAAGUUAAAAAUUUCAUAGAACAACUUAAGGGUAAAGAUGCUGCUUUAGAGAAGCUUGAGAAAUGUAAUGUUCAAUAUCUCAAGGAAAAUUCUGAGGUGUUGGCUUUGAGGGAAAAGGUGAAAUUUCUUGAAGAAGAACGAAAAGAUUUUGAGCAUCGGAUAAAUGCUUUGACAGAAGAAAAUGAAGCAUGUCAUGAACAACUCAUUGAGGCGGAAAGCUUUGUCGAGUCUCUAAAAGAAAGCAUUGACAUAGCAGAAAAUCGGGCGGAGAAUGCAGAAGCAAAGGUCACACAGUUAACUGAGACCAACUUGGAACUUACUGAAGAGCUGAAUUUCCUUAAAGGGAGUGCUAGCACUGCAGAGAAAAAGGUUGGUUCACUAGAGAAGCAACUAAGAGAAUUAGAUAUCCAGCUACAGAAUGCAAAGGCAUCUUCUGAAGCAAGUCAAGAACAGCAGAAUAUGUUAUACACAGCAAUAUGGGAUAUGGAAAUUUUAAUUGAAGAGCUAAAAUCAAAGGUUUCAAAUGCUGAAAGUAAUAAAGAUAGUGCAGAAGAGCAAUGCAUUGUGCUAUCUGAGACUAACUUUGAACUAAAUAAAGAAUUGGAUCUCCUGAGGUCCAGAAUGAGUAGCCUGAAAACAUCUUUCGAUCAAGCUAGAAAAUCAAAAUUAUCAAGUGCAAAAGAAAUUGAUACUGGAACUAAGUUCAUCAUGGAUAUGAUAGCACAGCUCGCCACUGAAAGGGGGCGCAUCAAUAAACAGCUAGAGGCUUUAAAACAGGAAAAUAAAAGUUUGGUAAAAAAGUUAACUGGGACCAAAAUUGGUGUCCCUCUAGAUGCAUGCACCAAUGAACUAAAUAGCAGAAAUGAAGAUCAAGCUUCCAACAUUGACUCAAGCAAUGAUAGCUGUACAAAAUUAUCUGAUGAAGAAGGAAGAGAACACUUUGAUAAAACCUUUCAGGUGGGUGAACCAUCAGAAGGCGCAAGUUCUGAAACUAAAGUAACACCAUCUAUUUCACCAAAUAAGUCUGCAAUUUGGAGAAACUUCACAUUUGUUUCAUUGGCAAUUUUUAUCCCACUGGUUUCUGUGUUAGCCUUCUGCAUGUUGUACAUAGAAACGUGUCCUUUCUGAAAGCUUUUGGUGGCUAAGUCAUGACCUAGCAUGUAGAAAAUUUGUUGUUUUGUGCAGUUGUGCUUCUCUCAAGUCUUUUAGAUUGUGUAUUGUUUGUAUAUUCAUCUAUUUAUGUGAUCUUAGAGUGGAUGUAAACUAAUAUUGCAAUUCUUUUGUUGAUUAUUCUAUCACGAGUGCUUACCAGAUGAA